AACAAUAAAGACGGAGGCAGGUACUGCUGAAAGCCUUUGUCCCGUCUCAGUGCACAGAAGCAACAGUGUGUCUGUGUGUAUGUGUGUGUGUGUGUAAGACACAAAGACAGACCCGCAGCCAUGGAUGAUGUAUAUAAAGCAGCGGUUGAGAACUUGACAGAGGAGCAGAAAAAUGAGUUCAAGGCUGCCUUCGACAUCUUUAUCCAGGAUGCAGAGGACGGCUGCAUCAGCACCAAAGAGUUGGGGAAGGUGAUGAGGAUGCUGGGGCAGAACCCAACCCCGGAGGAGUUACAGGAGAUGAUCGACGAGGUGGAUGAGGACGGUAGCGGAACAGUAGACUUUGAUGAGUUCCUAGUAAUGAUGGUACGCUGCAUGAAAGAGGAGAGCAAAGGAAAAUCGGAGGAGGAAUUGGCCGAACUGUUCCGCAUGUUUGACAAGAAUGGAGAUGGCUACAUUGACUUAGAGGAGCUGAAGUCAAUGCUGGAGUCUACUGGAGAGUCCAUCACCGAGGAUGACAUUGAAGAGCUGAUGAAGGAUGGAGACAAAAACAAUGACGGCAAAAUUGAUUAUGAUGAAUUCCUGGAGUUCAUGAAGGGCGUUGAAUAAACGAUUUGCCAGGUACCUGGACGUCUCAUACAGAAGCAUCCUACCAUUUGAUCUUUGCUGGAACACAUCUAAUGUCAUUCCCUAAAUCAACACCCCCCCCCAACUCAUGUAUGAAUGUAUUGAUGCACCAUAACAUCUGUUCUCAACUACCACGCAACAAUCCAGCCCCAUUGCAUAUGGACCUCCUUUACACAGAGACAUUUGCCGGGUGAAUUGAUGGACUGCAAAUUUAUUUAUCUGUUAAUGUUAGCAAAAUAAAAAUAGCAUAUAUUUUAACAAAAUACAACAUACUUUCAAUAAAGAAAGAUAUUUACAA